AUGACAAAGAUGAAUCCCUUAGCAUUAUCUAUCAUGUUGUGCACUAUUGCUGCAACUCAAUGCACAGCUAUCAAUCCCCAAAACAACAAUGCCAAUCUGAUAGAACAAACUUGCAAACAAACUCCAAAAUAUGCAACUUGCAUUAAGUACCUCGAAUCCGAUCCACGGAGCUCCGACGCAGAUCUACCAGAUCUUGUAGUUAUCUCGUUGAACACUAUGGUUGGAGCAGCAAAAACUGUCUUAACCAAAGUCACUGAUUUGGUUAAGGUGAAUCAAGAGCCUGCUCAAAGUGAAGCUUUGAAUUCUUGUGCUGAUAGAUACAGUACAAUUUUGGUAGCUGAUAUGCCAAAGUCUAUUGCAGCUUUGAAACAUGGAGAUCCUAAAUUUGCUCAAGAGGGUGCAAAUGAUGCUGCAAUGCAAGCUACUUCUUGUGAGAAUGGAUUCAAUGGAAAUUCACCACUCACUCAGGAGAAUGCUGCUAUGUAUGAUGCAGCUAUCAUAACAGCUGCUAUUGUUAAACAACUGCUCUAG